CAGGAAUUUAGUCGUUUAGGAUUAAAACAUGUUUCUCGUUUCGGACCCCGUCGCUCUUGGACAUUUACAGCUUGCCAUUUUCGCAAACACUUUGAAAGCAAUACGCUGCACAGACGAAGUGGUCUUUCAUCCCCUUGUUGGAGUUCGAUCGAGUUUAAGCUUAUCUAAAAAGCAAUUCUUCAGGUGUAGCUCGUCCAAGAAAAGUCAACAAACAGCAGCAACAAUGAUGAACAACAUGCAAUCCCAAUCCACAGAGAGGUAUGCGGUUGUGACUGGAGCAAACAAGGGUAUUGGGUUUGAGACUGUUAGACAGCUGGCAGCUGGCGGUGACAGUCGUGUUGACAGCUAG